AUUUUUUAGAAAAAACUUUGUUAUACCUGAAGUGUCAGAAUAUUAAAUACGAAAUACAGUUGCAGUAAAUAGAUUUGGAUCUUCAGUACUUUCUCAUACGCGGAACUGCCAUAUUGAAUAAUAAUGUGGAAAGUCGACGACGGUAACUGAAGAAUGUGAAAUUUUCUAUUUUAUGAAUCUGGUCACGAACGAGAGCUACAUCCAUUCCAUCGACCUCCAGCCACCACUGCGACGAUACUGUAGUAUAUUGUUGCUAAAACUAAAGUUGCCAAGUGCCAUUUGCCUUUUGUGUGCGAACCGGUGCACUUAGUGUUCUCAGAACGAACGGCAAGGAUUCAAAAUGUUAACGUAAGAAGACAUAAAUUAAACGAUAAGUUAAAGAAAGUGAUUCUGGUAACUAGAGAGUUUCCCAUGUAUAAUGGUGUAUGGCGUUCGUAAGUUGAGACGGUUCAAAAUAUAAUUGAAUAAUUAAUUUCGCAUUCUCCAUCUUAACGCAAAUUAGAGAUGAGGAUCAAUUGGAGAUCAGGAUUAAAUCCGAAGAAAAAUCAACGAUGCUUUUUUAUAUAACACUCCACACGUGUAGAAGAGAAAUUAGAAUAAUUUUCAAAAGCCAAUGAAGAAAGUGAGUCUUAUGAUUGAAGAUUUAUUUAUAAUUGUAUAAUUAUAUCAUAAAUUUGGAAAAUUAAAAAUAAAUUUCCUACCUUCUUUUGAAUUUCAAUUUCUUAAAAAAACCGUCUAAUACCUCUAAAAUGUGCUCACCAUAGUGUUCAUUAAGUGUCAGAAAUUCACCGCACGAAACGUUCUUCUUUACGCGACGCAAAUCGUCGAUUAUCAAUCUCGCGUCACUUUUAAUACGGUACUCCGAUCUCGAAUCGUCGGUCACGAUCGAUGAAUGCGUGACAUCCGGUGCAGACCCGUUGGACACGAAGAAUUCGUGAGGAUGGUAGCCGAGCUAGCUGGCAUUUCCACGACAACGGUCGACGGAAAAUCAUCGGACGUUAGUAGUACUUCGAAACAUCACAAACGACCCAAAUGGAUUCAAACAGCGACACGUGAACCGAUCUACAGCGUUCUCGAUGGCAACGAGAGCAUCGCGACGAAGAGUUUUCCUCGGGGUGUCCACGGCAAGAUCGUGGUAAUCAGCGCGGUGAAAAACGAAUCCAAUCGAAAGCUGAAGAACGAACAGCAAGAUUUACCAUACGUUUGGUUACCAUCUCAAAAUAAACCGUCGCCGAUUCUUGAGAUCGAGGACGAGAACACUCUCUACAGCGUGGUGAGAAAACCGAAGAAAGUGCGAUUGCUGGAAACGCUCUGCGAAGUGAACGAGGAGGCAAUUCGGCCUGUCGAUAAAAUUCGAGACAUCAAUCUCAACGAGAAACCCGAACAACAGCAACAGCUGCUGGACCCCAAAGACGCGUCCAAGCGAGUCGAGGUAAGAAAGUGGCUUUACGACACGCCUGGGCAAUCUCUUCCAGAUCUACCGGAAAUGUAUUUCGAUCGUACCGAAUACGAAAAUACCUGGCCGGAUCAGGAGAACUUGGUAGCAUUGCCCCGAGGAAUAGUGGGCCUCGUGGGACCGUAUAGAGUAUAUGGAAAACCCAAUGAAAGGAGAGAAUAUAUGCUGCAAGAGGAGGAGCUUGUCGAAGAGGUAAUAGAUUCCGCGAGUGAGAAAGUACAAGAAGAGAGAGAGGAGAGCAAGGAUGAACAUCAUCAAAGGGCGAAAUGGAAGAUCAGGGAGGACGACGAGGAGACGUUGGUAUCGGAUAUCCGAAAUUUGUCGGGUUUCGUGGAAACGAGGACGGAUAUCGGCAAACAGGAGAGCAAUGAUUGGAAGGACGAACGAGGAUCAGUGACAAAAGUGGAUAAAUCGGAUUGUAUCGAGGGGAUCUUAUCCGGCAAAGAGGAACGCGCGAUAGAUGUACCGGAUACGGUAUCCGCGAUCUCAACGACGAUGAAGGAGAAAUGGGCGAGCAAUGAACAGCACGACAAGGACAGCCUGAACGAAACCGGAAGUACAACGGGUGGCACCGUGGAGGGCGCGCCAGGUGGGGGCCCCAGUAGGGGUGAUAGGACUAAGGACAAGGAUGACCAUGCGCAGGCAUCCACCUCGGCGCCACCGGCGAGAUCCUUGGUCUCCAGAAUCCUGUCGAGAACGCGGUCGCCGGAGGAUCUGCUAGUGCUAGAUCAUUCGGAACCAUACUCGCAAUUAUGGGUGGUACUCUCAAAUGUGUACGGCGAGCUGAUCGUCGUGUUAACGUUGGCGGUGUGCUUGGCCGAGGUCAUGGACACACCUGUGCCACUGCUCAGCUUGCAGGGUAUAUUUCUCAUGUAUCUCUACGUGGGCAGCAUCGCUGUUAUCAUCGCUAUCUACAUAUGGGUGUUGGUUGACAGCUGCAGCAGCUUAAGUCGAAGUGGUAACGGUCUCGCAGACGCGGAACUCGGUGGCGCGUCGCUCACCAGAUUCGGAUCAUUAAAACGGGCGCACAUCUCCAGGGCUAGAACGGCACCGACCAGUUUUUACAUACGAGUUGGCGCACUCUUGUUCGGCCUGGCGACAUUAGUUUUUAACGGUCUAGAAAUGGCAAUGCACUCGAUGAUGCAGGGUGCCGAGUGUUUGACUGACGUCAUCUUCGUGCAUCCGGUGCUGCAUGGCUUGUUCACCUUUUUGCAGAUGCACUUUCUCUUCGUAAACUCGCAGGUACUUGUAGAGCGUUUCGGUCUUGCAGCCAGAUUCGGCUUUACGCAUCUUGCGGCUACCAAUGUCGCUGUUUGGGCGCGUCUGGUGAUUUGGGAUACCGCGCAGGAAUGGACUUAUUUUGUACACUUAGCGCAACACGAGCAGCAAACGUCUGUGUCUCCUUUGAGUCUUCGAGGAUUCCCUGGAUCUUUGACGAGACAAUCACGGGAUCUUAUGGACGAUUCGGCAGCGUCGAAAGGAAGCACCUUCAAGCCUUAUCAACCUGUUUCAAAUGAGCAAAUUUCACAAGUAAUCGCGUUGCAAGAAUGCUUGAACACUAAUACUUUGGGACAGUUGUGGACUUCAAGCAUGCCCUUCCUAUAUCCCUUUAUUGUACAAUUUAGCUUAAUUGCCGCAGCAGUGACUUUCGUCAUGGGUCAGAACGUCGGUCGGAGUCGAUUGAUUAAACAAAAAUUCCAUGGCAGCAAGGAUUUAAGUAGUCACACACGUGUAGGUUGCGAUGGUUCUAGCAAGGGCCUCUUUCUAGGUAUUCUUUGCAUGGUCGCCGGUAUCGUGGUAAUCCUCAUCUUCCUCGUCGUGCGAGAGGACGAGAACUUUCCCUCCGCCACCUUAUCAUGGCUCACAUGUGGCACUUUGAUUGGCAUACUGACGCUGAGCAGUCUAAUGACGGCCAGCGGUCUCGUGCAAAUACGUCAAAUCUCGGUGGUGACGCGAGCGCCGGCCGCCUUGGACAGUCUCCUGUCGAACGUAUCACUCUUCGGAGUGCAACUCUAUUCCGUCUUCACCAUCGUAGUGUGCGCCUGUUCCCUGGGAAUGUCGGACCAUGACGAAACAGAAGACACGCGGGCUAGACACAUCAUGCUGUUGUCAAUGUCGACACUGCAAUUGGUUCAGUGCUUUGCGCAAAGUACGCUGAUUGCUGAAACUUCGCGACGCUCGUGCAUAACGCGCUUUCAAAUGCUGGCGAAACCUGGUCGCCAAGUGAUCACCUUCCUGCUGUUCAGCAACGCCGUGCUCUGGGCCUUCGACACGGUAAUCACGCAGAACUGGCUGUCGCAGGAGCUACAGCUCAGAUUCUUUGGUGUGCUCGUCUGGGGCGUACUCUCCAGAAUUGGACUGCCUCUAUUAAUCUUCUACAGGUUCCACAGCUGCGUGCUACUAUUAGAAGCAUGGAACAAAUGUUACAGAACGCCACGGGGGGAACAUCCUCUCAACUGACAACGCGGAAUUUCACGCCGACUCUCGUGCAGACUCCAUUCUGGUUCACAAGAACCUUACCGCCCGGGGAGAUCAAUGUCAAUAGACACCGGAUGUGCUUACAAACAACUGUUACGUCCGAAUUCGUUGUCGUUGGACGCGGUUCAGCUUCUUCCCUAUGUGGACAGCGCGAGCUGGCUGUAUCUAGAUCCGAAUCCCGUUUUUCCCGUAUGCCUACCGAGUCUGGAGUGCGAUGCGUCAUUAAUACCCGGACAG